AUGUCCGUGUCUAAGGAAUAUCCAAGGCCGUCACCUACGACCGAAAUUAGCAUACAAUUCGAACAACAGCUAGACCAUGUAGCUAGGUGGUUAACUUUCUGGACGCAUGAGCUAUGCGUCGGCUUUCUUCAAAAACUACUACGGAUUUGUACGCUGGAUGAAAUGAAUUUUCUUUGGAGCGUCUCUGAACCGGCUUUACAUCGAGAUUUCCUUUACAGCUCCAGUCUAGACCAUCCCUAUCACGGUUUUAUGCCCAUAUCAACCCAUCGGAGUAGACAAAUACGACGUAGAUUAGAAGAAAGAAGGCUUCGGUCGAAGGGGAAUGAGAAAACCAUUCACAGAAUGCAAAGUGCGAUGCUUAGAAGUAUGACCGAUAUAAAGCAGUUGUGUCAAAGUAACAACGCUCCAGAAGGACUCAAAAAAGAAUCAGUGUUACCAACAAUUUACGCUAAUCCAGGAAGGGAUUAUCUUUUCAAAGACCAUCAUAGACGCAUAUCGAUUAUGAAAGGACGCGAAUGUGUUCCUUUACAGCUUCUGAUAUACAGUCGAAGUAAUAUAGUACCGUGCUGUGCUGAACCCGAUAACUCAUCAACAUACAUUGGCAUACAAGUUACAGUUACAUCGUUACCUCUUACAUAA